AUGCCUAUUCGAUACGUUGGCCGAGAUCCUGUUCAGUUUGCUAAAUCUCUAUACGAAAUCUGUAGACAGCUUCGGGACUGGGGAGUCGGUCGAGUCGUUUACAAACAUCGACUGUCGGAGCUGCAUCCCACACAGAAGUCCUACUUCAGGUUAACUAGCGUCGUUCCUGUACUGAAGAGUCCGGGAGAGCUUGCCUUUCAAAUAUGGGGUCAUGAAGUGUUCAGAGGACGAGAGAAAGGCGUAAACCUAAUCACAGAAGGCCGCAAACUAGACUGGGUCCUGGUCCCGAAAGAAGAGGAGAAGGAAUUCUGUGCUGUCCGUGAAGUGUAUGAUAUCAAACAAAUCCCAGUGCCCACGCACAUGAACUGCCCACCUCUGCUGGAGUUGAGCAUCAAGGGUGAGAUGAAAGCCAGAGGUCAAGCACCGCCAGAGAAAAUACAGAUUCCUUUUAUUGCAGACAAUUAUAUCAAGGAGUUAGAUUCAUAUUGGGCAUAA